UUUCCCUCCUGAGCAGCCGAUAUUCUGAUCGCUAUGGCAGCCACAAGAAAUGUGAUGAGAGCUGUCAGAGUUUUUGAAUUUGGUGGCCCUGAAGUGCUCAAACUCCAGACAGAUGUCUUAAUUCCUGAUCCAAAAGAAAAUCAGGUGUUAAUUAAAGUCCAUGCCUGUGGGGUAAAUCCUGUCGAGACAUAUAUUCGUUCCGGAAAUUAUGCUAGAAAACCAGCUUUGCCCUAUACUCCUGGCUCAGAUGUGGCUGGUGUAAUAGAAGGUGUUGGGGAACACGUGACUGCAUUCAAGAAAGGUGACAGAGUUUUUACCAUUGGUACUAUCUCUGGAGGAUAUGCAGAUUAUACAGUUGCUGCAGCUAAUAGAGUCUUUCCUUUGUCGGAUAAAUUGGACUUUAGGCAAGGAGCAGCGAUUGGAAUACCCUACUUCACUGCUUAUCGCGCUCUUUUCCAAAAAGGGCAUGCCAAAGCAGGGGAAACUGUGCUAGUGCAUGGUGCGAGUGGGGGAGUAGGAAUAGCAACAUGCCAGAUUGCCAGAGCUUGUGGUUUAAAGGUUUUGGGUACAGCAGGCACUGAGGAAGGCACGAACAUGGUUCUGAGAAAUGGCGCUCACCAAGCAUUUAAUCACAGAGAAGCUAAUUACAUUGAUAAAAUUAAGGAAUACACGGGGAUGGAAGGAGUUGAUAUAAUAAUAGAAAUGCUCUCUAACAUAAACCUUGCUACUGACUUGCAACUGUUGUCCUAUGCAGGAAGGGUGAUGGUUGUGGGCUGUAGAGGUCCUAUUGAGAUAAAUCCAAGAGACACUAUGAGUAAAGAAUCUAGCAUAAUUGGAGUUAGUCUGUUUCUUGCAACUGAGGAGGAGAAGCAUGAAUGUGCAACAGCACUCCUUGAUGGCAUAGAAGCUGGCUGGCUGAAACCAAUUGUAGGCUCUGAAUAUCCACUGGAGAAAGUAGUUAAGGUUCAUGAAGACAUUAUUCAUAGCAGUGGUGCUCGAGGAAAGAUGGUCCUCCUUCCAUAAAGUCUUUUUCCAUUUAUUAUGUAGCUGUCUAACUGCACCUUUGCUUACAUGAUUCAUUGAAUGUAUGUAACAAAACAUACUUGUGAUCAGGUUUGACAGUAACAGCAAAUGCUAACUUACAUUAAUUGAUUACA